AUGGAGCACUCCCCGUCUAUGAGCUUGUCAGUGGUGGAUGGAGAUGAGGUGGAGGACCAGCGGCCACUCCUCCCACCACGCAUGGUCCCUCCACCUCAGGCCUGCUCUCCGCAAUGUGGGAUACACCAAAACAUCCAAACAUCAGCUGAUCACACCGUGUGGCUGGACAGAACCCAGGCCAUGGCCACCACACCUUUAUACAACGGCCACCUUUAUGUGACACCUUCACCACACUCCAACAGGAGGGGAGACAAAGGCAAAGAUAAGAAAUGUGAGAAAAGGUCUGGGGGGAGUAGACAAAAUCCAGCACGCAAGGAGCAUAAUCACCAGUGCAAAGCCAGAAACGCAGGAGCUCACAGACUUCAGGAGAAAGUUACCUCUUUCACUGACAUCCCUGUGUCUCCCUGCGAGUCACCCUUUAAGAGCCCCCGCAGGUCACACAUAGACAUCAAGGAGGGCAGAGGGCGCCGCAAGUCAGCCAACGUUUCUUUGGAAAUGCACGAUCGCCAGAGUCUCCCAGAGAUCAUCAUCACCAGUAAAGAUGAUGACUUACGGCCACAAAAUGAUAAGUCCCAGUAUCACCAGGACUUGUCUGAGGCCAAAGGCCUGCUGCCAGGAGCCGAGCAUCCCAGUCCGAGCCCCAUUCCCAGUUCCAGUUCCGGUUCCCAUCCCAGCCCAAAAAAAGUGGACGCCAAGGACGACCCAUACUGGAAGACCCACAACAUCGGCUGGCGACUGGUACACAGGAGGGCUCUGUUUUUGAGGAGGCAGCGGCUGAACGACUGCGCCCUGGCGGUUGGGAUAUUCGGGGUGGUCCUGAUGGUGACGGAGACAGAGCUCUCCUGGAGCGUCUACAGCAAGAGCUCUAUCUACUCCCUCACACUCAAAUCCAUCAUCAGUUUCUCUACAAUUAUCCUGUUGGGCCUCAUCAUAGCGUACCACUGCUGUGAGGUGCAGCUCUACGUUCACGAUAUUGGUGCAGAGGAUUGGCGGAUUGCAAUGACAACCGACCGUCUGGCUCUGGUAGCCCUGGAGUUGGCAGCAGUGGCCAUUCACCCCUAUCCAGUGGGUCUGGUUGCGUACUUCCAGCAGACCUUCCAGCACACCCCGGGUCGCCUGUCGCUGUCAGAGACAGAGCUGGAAAUCAUCCUGGCUCUGCCCAUGUUCCUGCGGCUCUACCUGCUGGGCCGGGCCAUGAUGCUACACAGCCGCCUCUUUACUGACACCGCAUCUCGCAGUAUUGGAGCACUCAACAAGAUACACUUCAACACCCGGUUUGUGGGGAAAACGCUGAUGACCACCUACCCCGGGACUGUGCUGAUGAUUUUCAGCGUCUCUCUGUGGAUUGUGGCAGCGUGGGGCUUACAUGUUUGUGAGAGACACCACAACUACAGAGACCUGAGCAGCAACUACAUGGAGGCCUUGUGGAUGGUCUCUGUCACCUUCUUAUCCAUCGGUUAUGGAGACGUGGUGCCUCAUACCUACUGUGGUCGCAGCAUCUGUCUCCUCACUGGGAUAAUGGGAGCAGGCUGCACAGUCCUGGUGGUGGCGGUGGUUGCCAGGAAGCUGGAGUUGACCAGAGCAGAGAAACAUGUUCACAACUUCAUGAUGGACUCCCACAUCUCCAAGAGGAUAAAAAUUGCUGCAGCAAAUGUGCUGAGAGAGACUUGGCUUAUCUACAAACAUACUAAGCUGUCAAGAGAAAGAGACCACACCAGAGUCCGAAUGCACCAGAGAAAGCUGCUUCUGGCCAUCCACCAGCUGCGGCGAGUGAAGAUAGAGAAGAGGAUACUUGCAGACCAGGGCAACACACUUGUGGACCUCUGCAAGAUGCAGAACAUGAUGUAUGACGUGCUGUCGGAGGUGCAAGGCUGCAGGGGGGAACUGGACACACACAUUCACAUACUGGAGAAGCAUGUGGAAGAGCUGAGGGAGGGCUUCAAGAGCCUGAUGCCGCUCCUCUCCAACACCCUAUCCACGCAGAACUCCUCCAUCCGCCACCUGCUCAGGGAGAGGGAGGUGAAGACAGAGACUGCGAGUGCGAGUGUAGACAGGUAGAGAGAGGCUGAGGGAGGUGAUGGGGAGAAAUAAAGGCUUCUCAGGUACUCCUGGAGAUUUCUGUCUAUAAUGCAGCUGAAAUGAUCAUUUUGGGACAUUUUUCUUACAGAGUUGGACAGAUAGGUGUUAAUUACAAGGUGUAGGCUGUCCAGAAGUAUGUAAAAUUGUAUUAAUAGAAACGGCUUUGUGUAGAGAAAAUACCAUAAAACCAAAAAGUAGAAAUUAGUCAUUAUUCACUUCAUAUGAAGGAUUUUUGUAUCUCUCCUGUAGUGACAGAAAAUAACAACAUGCCAAUGAUUUGUGAACAUUUGAUUAUACCAGAGCUGCAAUGAUUAGUCGACUGAGAAAAUACAGAUGGGUGAAGUGUCUCAGUAUUGAGUCACGUUAUCAUGAGCACUCAUCAUGAACACUAUUCCUCCACAAGAUAUUCCCUUAUUUAUAUAAUGUAUACAACCUUUAUGUAAUCAGGUAUUCUCAUUGAGAUCAAGAUAUAUUUUGUAAGAGACCAGAGUACAGCAAACAAGCAUUGCUAGACGUAACAAAUGGACAUAUCACAGACAGUCACUAAAUAGAUUUAAAGAUGAAAGUUUAUGUAGAUGUUAUUAGAGAGCAGUCUUUCUUUUCUUAUAGGUGUAAAACUAGGUUGAAAUCUGGUGACUAAAAAAUAAAAAAAAUUCACACUCACCAAAUCGUUCAGGGAAGCCUGGUGUACAGCAUUUGAUGUUUCUCCACAUUUAUUCAGUUUUUUUAUUUGUCCCAUCUUUAACUAUUACGACCAAUUGUUUAAGGAUUUUUGUCAAGCAGAAAUGCCAAAUAUUCAGUUUUGUUGGGGUUUUGGACUGCCAGAAAAAAUAACCUGUUUUAAGAUAUUGUGAUGGGCAUUCCCCCCCCCCCACGUCUUACAGACCAUCUGAUAACUGAUUGAUUAUCUAAUCACAUUGAUAAUGAAUAUAAUUGUAAGCCCUUACCAUCAUCACUCCCAAUGUCAGUCGUUAUCCCUGUGAGAACUGCAAUUUUCUGACAAUAAAAACUGCAUUUAAAUAGUUUUAUUAUAAUAUAAAGAUGUAAACCUACAUGCAGAUAUCCUGUAGUACUUUCUAAUAAAAAUGAUGACUAUUGCCUUUGUUUUAUGUAUGAUGGAUCCUUACACAAUCCUUUCCUCGAAACAGGAAAAUAACCACACACUAACCAGUCCACUAGCCAAAACAAUAUUUUAUUAAGAGAGACAGGGUUGGAGGGUGGAGUUACAGCAACAACCGAUCUGUCGACAUGAACAGUGGAAAUUCAUCUGCUGUCCAGUCCAUCUGCUGUCCAGUCCGUCUUCAAGUCUCGUCUCAGAUCAGACCGCAGGGUCUGCCGCCGUCUCUGGGGCAUUAGAGCUGAUAUCAAC